CGAAUAAGGUAGGGGAAGGGUAGAAAAUUGUCAGUCAAGGGUACUCUUUUUGUUGAUAGCCGAAAGAUUUGAAGAGGACCUAUUUUAAAUUACGUCAAAGUGCAAAGGUCACCUUGCCACUCUAAAACUUACCAAAACGCAAAAAGCUGACUUUUCAAUCGUUACAAAGAAACAGGAUUUCCUUUAGAGAAUGUGGCUUUGUUAUCUCUUGCUUGCCAUUGUAGCAGUCGAUGGAGAUGUAUUCCAGAAUUCUCAAAAUUUUAAGCUUUCUGGUACUGGAACGGCGGAGAAAAAUGGCAAAAUCAAUUUAAACCUUCAAAUUCAGAUCGCAGGAACUGGGGAGAGUCCGAUAGGAGGUCUAACGGGGGCGAGUCCGACAACAAGUCCAACGGGGGCGAGUCCGACAACAAGUCCAACGGGAGCCUCGGGAGUUCCGGGAGCAGCUCCAAUUACUGGGGCACCAACAGCAGGAACAGGGGGAAUGUUUACUGAGGAAGAACAAAUGGGUUUAGCAAAGCACAAUGAAUUCCGACAAGUACAUGAAGCUCCUGCUAUGACACUGGACAGAGAUAUGUGUGAUCAGGCGAAACAGUACGCUCAGAAGCUUGUAGAUAUGGGUGCUCUACAGCAUUCGUCGAGAGGAGAGAGAGAAGGGCAGGGAGAGAAUCUUUCCAUGGGAUGUUCAUCAAAUGCUCCACAAACCGUAGAGGAAGCCGUGACAAAUUGGUACAACGAGGUCUGUGAUCCGGGAUAUAAUUUUGGCGGCGCUUCCUUCUCUGGUGGAACAGGCCAUUUUACACAGGUAGUUUGGAAAGGCAGUACAGUUCUUGGAAUCGGACGGGCAGAGGGUACAAUGCGAGGAAUGAAAUGUGCAUAUAUUGUGGGCAGAUAUAAACCAGCUGGAAACAUGAUGGGGGACUUUGCCCAAAAUGUGGUGAAAGGUUCCUUUGAUAAAGGCAGCUACUGUGCAUCAAUUCCAAGAAAAAAUCGAUGGUUCUUUGACAAGAAUGGGAAAGCAGUGAAGGUGAAUGGAACCAAAGUUCCGACUUUGAAAACGGGAACACCUGAGAGUCGUGCCCAGCCGGUUGAGUUAUUGAAUAGCAAGAAGAAAACAACUGUUUCGCACAAGCACAAUAAAUGAGUCUCUCUCUGUGAAAAAAAAAUUCCAAAAUAAAAAAAAUAUAUAUCUAAAUUGAUAUUUAGUAAUUGCCAUGAUUAUUAAACAGUUAAUUAAAAGAUA